GCGAACAGAAACCCAACGGCUCAUUCAGACUCAUAGGAUUUUGCGUUCAAUUGUUCAUGUUUCUUCCUUCCUCUCACCACCUUUUCCCAUCUCAAAUCAAAUAAACCCAACCAAACCCAUUUCCCCGUCGGAUAAAAAAUAGGAAAACCAUCUAAACCCAUUUCCCCUUCUCCUCUUUCCUUUCCCUUCCUCUGUUUUCUCUCUAGGUAACUUCCCAAGAUGAUGAUGCAAUGUAGAAGGCAAGUUAUAAUUCUGCUUCUUUGGCUGUUCUUCUUUCUCACUUUCAUUGGGGGUCACUUCUGCCAUGGAUCAAGAACAAAAAAUGUCUUCAAAAUCAAGCCAAAUUCUCAGUAUACAGGGCACUUCUUGGGGUUUUUGCCUAGACAUUUCCCAAUUCCAGCAUCUGGCCCUUCAAGAAAACACAAUGACCUUGGCUUACAAAGUUGGAGAUCGCCAUAAAGAUCAUAACUAGUGAGCUCCUGGACAUGAGGUGAUCUACUUUAUUUUUUUUCUCCCUUUUUUUUAAAACAAUGAGUUGGUGGGUACUGUAUAUGUAGUUGUUGGGUACGUAAAUUCUUUUUGGAAGCUUGGUAAUUUUCUUUGUUUUGAAAAGAAAAUGUAUGUUUCUCCCUAUAUGCUCAAAGGAGAACUGGUUGGUUUAAUCUAGACUCUUUUCUUCCAUCUUUUGGGUGUGCAUCAGAUUAUUUAGAAGGAAAAACUCUAAUAGCUUCCUAGAACUGAAGUUUCUAAUUAGUUGAUUUCUGUAUCAUGACAUUCUCUGUUCUCAAGAGAAAUCCUACUCCUAUGUACAAACUGAGAUAUGAUACGUGCAGACUAGACUGUAUAAAACUCUCUUCUUGAU